AUGGAUCUUGUCACUUUGGGCCCAGUGGACCGGGAGAUUCACAAUCAAAGUCCAAUUACGGAGAUAGUAGGGUUGUCUGAUGUGAAUUUAGAUGUGUUGUUGGAGGAUAUGGAAACGAUAUGUUCACCCUCAUCUGAUGUUUUGAUCAGUGGAAAUGCUGGGUCAUCGACAUAUCAGAACUAUCUUUGGUAUUCCAAAAAAUCGUUGCAAUGUGAUAAAAAUCUAAAUUCAUUAAAGAUCAGUAAGCUAUCGUAUCGAUGUAAUUCGGACAGUGAUGUUGAUUCCACCGGAGGUAUGGUGAAUAUUCACAAUGACACACGUUUCAACCUUUGUGAAAAUCCCUCUGAUAUGUGGUUUGGUUUGAAAAUGUCUGACGGUACACCUGUUGUUAUAAACUCGAGAAACAGAAAUUUUAACAAGUGUUCCAAUCGUGUGCGUACACAAAAAUAUCGUGACAGACGAGUAGUUAAUUCUAAGCCUACUAGGGGAGUGGUUGGCCCUAUUGAUUAUUCCGGUGGGUUCCUGUCUAUUGCUAAGUAUGUUGGACGUGGCUCGGGGGCGAGCGAGAUUUAUGUUUCUACGAAACACUCUGCUGAGGUUUUUGAGUCAAGAAUUCCGGAGUCUGUUGGAAAGACCAGGAAUUCUUUAGGUGAUUUUGUCGAACGUAGAAAGUCUGCUGGAGAGACUUUGGUUCCUAAAAGUGGAAGGACAGUGUUGAAAUCGGGUAGUAAAGGUGCUGGUGGCAAAUAUUUUAAGAGGCACAAGCGGCAAGUUUAG